AUGUUCUCUUCGUUAAUAGAUACCCUUGAGUAUAUUGACGAGGAAGGCAUAGAGUCUGAACAUAGGGGUGAAGCACGAAUAAUGAAGAAGUUGGUUGAAUCUUUUGAUUUUGUUUUCCCUUUACAUCUCAUGUUCCUGCUAUUGGGAAUUACAAAUGAUUUGUCUAUGGCAUUGCAGCGCAAAGACCAGGAUAUUCUAAAUGCUAUUGACCAAGUUAACAUAACUAGGAAACGAUUACAAUCCAUGAGAGAUGAAGGUUGGGGAUCUCUAUUAGAUAAAGUUUCUUCAUUUUGCGAAACGCAUGAAAUUUCUGUUCCCACUAUGAAUGAAAGAUUUACUUUGGAAGGAAAGUCCAAGCGUAAGGCACCAAUGGUCUCAAAUCUUCAUCGUUAUCGUGCUGAAAUAUUUUAUGCAACUAUUGACUUUCUUCUCCAAGAGAUCAACAAUAGGUUUGAUGAGGAGACGACUGACAUUCUUUUAUGUGUGGCUUCUUUAAGUCCAAUCAACUCAUUUCAGGCUUUUGAUACGCAAAAGUUGCUCAAGUUAGCUCUAUUCUAUCCAAAUGACUUUUCUACAGGUGACCUUGGACCACUUGAAAAUCAACUUGGGAAUUAUAUUGUUGAUAUGCGUUCUAAGAAAGAAUUCUGUGAGUUAAAAGGGAUAGGUGAACUUUCUUCUAAGUUAGUGGAAACGGGAAAACAUGUUGUGUAUCCAAUGGUGUAUUUUCUCUUAAAGCUGGCUCUAAUCCUUCCAGUUGCUACAACAAGUGUUGAAAGGGCUUUUUCUUCCAUGAAUUAUGUCAAGAACAAGUUGCGAAAUCGAAUGGGUGAUCAAUGGAUGAAUGAUUGCUUGGUAACGUUCAUAGAAGAUGAGAUGUUUGAUAGUGUCACAAAUGAAGAUAUUAUGCAGUAUUUUUAG